AUGCCGGUGACGACUCCGGAUCCUCAGCUCCCAACGCCGGCCAUGGCCAAUGCCGGCGAUUUGUCACGUUCGACCGCUGAGCCACCUACCGUGCGCUUUGCUUCCCAAACCCAAGAAAUCGACCCUCAGGACAGUAUUUAUACGUCGACCGCUUUCCCCGGCCAGAAAAUGCCCCCCAAUCAAGAAUCCCGCCCGCCCAUACUCCAGGAACCUCAGGAAGAAUUGCAGGAUCUCGCGAUCAAGCUAGAGAAGUCAAGGUUUCAGGAGACUAGAAUGCAGCAUUUUGCUUUUGAGCCUGUUUCCCUGCCGCCGACUAGGGCGCCAUCGAGAGAUUCCAUCAGGCGCAACUUUCGAGACGGGCCUUCACCGCCUCCGUCGGGAUCGCAUUCCCCUGUUCUAGGCGCCCAUGAUGCGGAUAGGACGAGAGAAAAGAUGGUUCGCGGCAUCCUGCACCAACCUGAGAUGACGCCCCAGUCAUCGCUUUCCAACGAAGCUUCAAGUAAAAGCGAUGCUUCCAGAUCGCCCGCCGCGCACGGCUCAAGACCCUCCUCUUCGUCGGGCCCAGUAUCAACAAAGCCGUCGUCUACGUCCGACGGCAACGCGAGACCGAAAGAAUCUCACCGCAGACCACGGUUUUUUCUUGGACCUCCCGAAGACAGCCCUCCUCAGUCGCCUCGAUACGAGAUCGGGUCGUCAGCUGUUGGCUCGGCUGCUGCCACUCCGUUUGGAGACCAAAAUGACCCGUAUUCCCGGAGCAAAAUGCCGCCCCCGCAAACGAAUCUUUCUCAGCUGGACCAAAGAUUCAUUUUCGGCGGGCUUGAUUCAAAGCGUCGACCAAUUAAACCUCAUCCCGGCCAUGCCAUAUUACCUGUCUCGGACAAGUUACACGAUAAAAAGUUGUUCGGGAAAAAAGACGCCCGACAGGAAGUUGAUGGCUAUCUGGAGAAACCUAAACCACAUGGCUCAAUGUCAGAGCUGAAGCGAUUUUUCCGAAUGGGUGCCAAACAAAAACGUGCCGAGUCGCCUGCCUCAAUUCACAAGAAAAGCUCUUCGAGAUCUUCAAGCAAGGCUGACCCAUUCAGAUCCCACGGCCCUAGCGUUCCCUUCGCUGAUGACCAUGGACUUCAGUCCAAAUAUGGAAAGCUGGGUAGGGUUCUAGGAUCUGGUGCUGGGGGGUCAGUGCGGUUGCUUAAGAGAAACAGUGACGGUGUAACCUUUGCCGUGAAACAAUUCCGAGAGCGCUACCAAUGGGAAUCAGAGAAAGACUACGCGAAGAAAGUGACGGCUGAGUUUUGUAUUGGCUCCACUCUACACCAUGGAAACAUUAUCGAGACCCUCGAUAUUCUUCACGAGAAUAGCCGCUGGUACGAAGUCAUGGAAUUCGCCCCUUACGACUUGUUUGCCUGUGUGAUGACUGGUAAAAUGACAAGAGAAGAGAUUGCAUGUUCCUUCUUGCAGAUUGUCAACGGCGUGACUUAUCUUCACAGCAUGGGACUCGCCCAUCGGGAUCUCAAACUCGACAAUGUCGUGGUCAACGAUCGCGGAAUAAUGAAGCUGAUUGAUUUCGGCAGUGCGUUCGUAUUUAGGUAUCCUUUUGAGAAUAACAUCGUCCUUGCUUCGGGAGUUGUUGGUUCAGACCCCUACUUGGCCCCGGAGGUUUACAAGGAAAAGGGAUACGACGCUCGUGCAACAGACAUUUGGUCUCUCGCGAUAAUUUUUUGCUGCAUGUCCCUGGGCCGAUUCCCGUGGAAACAGCCCCGUACCACUGAUACUUCUUUCAACCUUUUUGUUUCUCCCCCUUCGCCGGGGACGCCAUUCUCUGACCCUGCGCCACGAGAGAGCGCCAACUCACAACCUACGUCUACAGCAGAUUCCUCUCAUGAAGCAGACCGUGGACGCUCACAGACAUCUCGAUAUUCCCAAGGCAACGGGGCGUCUUCGAACCCCAACCCUACGCUUAAAACCCCACAAAAUUGUGAAAACAUUCCUCCGAACCAUACCCCAGCUCUAUCCGAGCAACCCACUGCGGCCGUUAAGUCCACGCUACCAACAUCUACCAACCAGGCACAAUCAUCUGCUGGCGCUGGCUCCGGCUCUGCCAAACGGCACGAAGUUAUCAAAGGCCCCUGGAGGCUCCUGCGACUGCUACCUCGAGAGUCCCGACAAAUAAUCAGUCGUAUGCUAAAGGUUAACCCGCGCGAGAGAGCUACUCUCGAAGAAGUUCUUUCGGACGACUGGGUUCGUACCCGCGAGGUUUGCAGGCAGGAAGAGUCUGGUCAAGUUAUUAAUGCGCCUAACCAUACACAUGUUCUGGAGCCACCCUCUGGAACCCCGCCUCCAGCCAAAAAUAACAAUAAAAAGUGA